UGUCGACUUAUAUGUAGUCGGUGGGUCGGCAGAUGGAGUCAAGUCGUCCAAAGCGCUUCAAGCAACACCAUGGCCAAGGUUUUGUUCUGUACGCUGACUCUGUGCGCUGUGGCCGCGGCCCAGCUCAACAGCUUCAAUGACAACCUGGUGGGCCGCACGCCCUCCUCCUCGGUGGCCCAGUCAGAGCUCGCGCAGACCCAGGCCACCCUGCAGACCAGAGACUCGCUGUCCCAGAUCGACCUGGCCCGCCUCGAGGCCAAGCUGCUGGCCAUCAUCGACGUGAACAGGCGCGCUCUGCGGACCGCCGGCGACAUCGCCGAGGCCUCCAUCCGGUCCGUCCUCCUGGAGCACGUCGAUGACGGCUGGCGCGAUGAUCGCAUUGGGCGCAAUGGGCGCGACGGUAUCAACGGCAACCGGGGCUCGUCUUCCAUCGGCACCCAAACGAACACCCCCCUGGGCAGCAGAUCGGGCUCCGGCCGCCCCGGCCAGCAGAGCAGCGGCAGCAACAACGCCGACAACGUGUCCGUCGCGGGGGCCGGCUCCCAGCAGAACUCCGGCAACAACCAGUAGACGGACCUGCUCACUGUUAAAACCUUACGAAGAAAAAUGCCAAAUCCUUCGUGCGUACGAAGGAUUUGGAAGCUUCGUAGGUAGCAAAUCCUCACAAGAUUUUGCAUUUUGCUUUUCGUAAGGUUUUAACUGUGCUGAAAAUUCAAUUAAAGAUAAAAUGCAGCACAGCGAUAA